AUGAUUGAUACAUUUGUAAUUGAUACGUACAUGUUAGUACCGAAAUUGACUGACACUGAUGAACUACAAAUAAAUCACCUUAGUAAAAUUAAAAAAUAUAAAAGUGAUAAUAUUUUCACAUUGUUUCAAUCACCUCAUGAAAGAAUAUUUCCAACUGAUUAUGAUUAUUCUCCAAGAAGAAAUAUGAAAAAGUUUGUUCCAAAAUAUUUACAACAACGAGCUUAUAAUUCUAAAAAUCAAAAUCGACGUCGAACAAGACGUAAACAUUUAAGGAAGACUGAUUGUGACGAAGAUAUAGUUCAUUAUAAUGAUGACGAAAAGGAGUAUGACUAUGACGAUGAAAUUGAAGAUGUUGAUGAUAUUGAUCGCAGCAGUGAAAAUCUAAGUAAACAUAAUUUUGUCAUCAAAGAACAAAAUUAUGUAAAGAAGAGAUCUAUCAUGCCUUCACAUAAUUAUGCAGAUAUAAAAGAUAUUUUAACUUAUCAGAAUACAUCAGAUAGUUGUAUAUUUUAUUUAACGUUUAAUUCCAAUAAAUUAAUUGGACCAUUUAUAUUUCAUCCGUAUUUGAAUCAAGAACAAGAUAAAUACACAGAUAUAUUUAUACAAAGUGGAAAAAUAAAUGCCUUUAAUCCUAAAGAUCUUUUAAACAUGAGGAACCAUCGUGAAAUUCCGGUGAAUAAAAUACAAAUUACUGAUCAAAUUCUUGAUGCUGCUUAUGAUUUAGAACGUUUUAUACUUGAUGAAACUAGAAGAAUUCAUUAUCCUAUAAACCAUCCUUAUGUUGACCAUAAUUUAACACAAAUAAUCAAUGAUUUAAUUGGUAAUACACAAUUUACUAUUACAGCUACACCAGUGGUACAAAACGAAUUAUUUGUAAAAAAUUCAAAAAGUUAUAAAAAGCAAAUAACCAGUCUUUAUCGUGUUAUAGAUGAAUUACGUGAACAAAUAAAUGAAUUGAAGGAAGAGAAUAAAAAUUUACGUGCACAGUUAGAAGAAUACAAAAAUUGGGCUGAUAAAAACCGUGAAAACCAAUAUAUUGAAGGUCCGGAUGAAAAAGUCAAUGAAUCGACAUUUACAUGGCAUGCAAAAUUAAACGCUCUUUUAGAUCAAUAUAGAGCAGAAAAUGAAAUUCUUAAAUCUCAUAAUUACACUCUUAAUCAAUCUCAGCAAGCAUUAUAUCAAGACCAAGAGUUAAUGCAACAACAGAACAAUAAAUUGAAACAACAAGUAGAUGAACUUAAAAGAUCACAGAAUCUUAUCUUAGCCAGAUCUCAGUCGGUAUUACGUGAAGAAAGAGAACGUAUGAAUAGAGAACAAGAAGAACUUAGUCGAGAGUUAGCAAAUGUAAAAAAAAAACUGGCUCAGUCACCAACCCAAUGUCCCAUCCAUCAAGGACAUCGACGGUCCAAUAUACCAGUUCCAAACAAUGAUAUUUAUUCUGUUCAUGAUUGUCCAAAACAUCCUAUACUCAGCAAACAAGAUGGAGAACCAACCAGAAUGAAAAGAGUUCGUAUCUGUUCUGCUGCACAUUCAUCUAGAUUACCAAGAUUGAAUAUCCCUGGUCAGACAGUUAAUGUACCAAUAAAGCGAUCUAAGAAGCCAGAGACUCAAACAAAUUAUAUUUUAAGAAGUGCAGCUUACGCAAAACAAAACGUGAACAGACAAACAAUACAUCAGACGACAAAACCAUCAAAAUAA